GCUGCUCGGCCCGCUCCCGCCAGCUGUGCCAGCGGCUGGACCAGCAGGAACAGUGACGAUUCGAGCGCGGGCGGCAGCAGCGGCUGCAGAGGCACCAUGGAUCUGUCCUUUAUGGCUGCGCAGCUGCCCAUGAUGGGGGGAGCCUUCAUGGACUCGCCCAACGAGGACUUCGGCACGGAGUACUCCCUCUUCAACUCCUCCACCAACAUCCACGCGGCCUCCAGCGGCCAGGGCCAGCCGGAGGAGCCGCCGCGGUCCUCCAACGACGCCGUCCUGCUCUGGAUCGCCAUCAUAGCCACGCUGGGGAACAUCGUGGUGGUGGGGGUGGUGUACGCCUUCACCUUCUGA